CAACAGCAUUGGUUUAUUACUUAAACCAAACGGUAACGUGUCAAAGCCUUUAUUACCUGCCAAAAUUGCAUUUUCUUUUUUCUGAAAGAUUCAUUUACUCUCCCGGCGAUUCUCUCUCUCUCUCUAAAAGAGAAGCUUCAGAUACAGAAGAAGACAACAGUAUCUCUCUCUCUUUUUAACUCACUAGAUCUUCUUCUCUGUUGUAAAGCUUUCAACUUUUUUUUUUCCCGAUGAGGUGUAAAAGACACACAGUUGAUUUCAGUAGCAGUAUCGGCGUUUGCGCUUCUUGUCUCCGUGAACGUCUCUUCUCCCUCGCCGCUUCAACCGCCGCGUCUGAAGCUAACGAUCAUAAAACCUCUCCUCCUCCUCAUCCUCGUCCUCUGUUUUUUCCUCGCUCUGUUUCUCCUUACGUCUCCGCAAGAAAAUCCGACGCCGGAAGAGGACGAGCCGACAUCACUUUAGCUUCUUCUCACAACAGAUUCUUCCCAACGCCGCAAGUAAGCUCCUCCACCGCCGUCGGAAGAACAUCGUCGUCGGAAAAACUCUUUGAUUCCUCCCGUUCUUUAAAGAAGAAACAGAGCAAGCUAUCUCGAUUCUCCAGCUUAUUCAGGACAAGAUCUGAAGAGUUUAAAGAUUCCUCCGACGCGUCAACGUCUUCUCCUCCUUCAUCUUCCUCAUGGCUAUCGAAAGUCCUCUCCUUUCGAUCCAAAAAGCCAUCUUCUAAUACAUGCUACAUCGAGGAUUUGAUUGCUUCCGAGUCAAGUCACCGACCAAGACAGAGACACCACAGAGGAAUGUCACCGGCGACGGUGGAUUACGAACUCGAGGAAACUCCGGAGAGAGUUAAAAGAACGCCGGCGGCGGCGAUGGGAACUCCGGGGAGAAGAAAGACGGCGAUGAUUGGUUCAGGGAUGGGUUUCUGUUUGAGUCCAUUGGUGAGAGCUAAACCUAACGGUUCUUCUACAUGGAAAGGGAAACUUCCGCCGGAAUUUGGGUAUAAUUAUACCGGUGAGCUUAAGUCUCCGGCGAGGCCUCACAUUUCGACGGCGGCGUCUUUUUGCGCGAACCGGUCUAAGAAGCUUGUCGAUUUAGGACGGGUUGAUCCCCGCCGUUGAUUGUGUUUUGUGUUUGGUCGUUUUCAGACCGUUUCUAUACGUAAUUACCUAAAUACCACUCACAAGAUUCAUAUGAUGGUUUUAUUAUUAUUAUAUAGUGGCUUUACUAUACCAACAGAUAAAGAGUGAAAAAUUUUCCUUUCUAGUAUAUUAAGUAUGAAAGUCUCAUUGUAUAUUGUAAUUGUUAUUUUGUGUAGGAGAUUAGAAUAACAAAUCUAAAUUG